UACAAAGCUCAUCUAAACCCUCUGACUUUCUUAACUUGGCCACACAAAAGAGGAAGUUCUCCGAGUGACUCACUACUGUGGUGCUACUAUGCCUUCUGACCCCGUCUUGGACUUCAUCUGGGAGAAUGUGGAGACAUUUGAACAGGCUCCUUUUCUGGAGCAUAUUUUCUUCUGUCACAUGUAGAAAAGCUGUAUUGGAUUGUGAGGCAAUGAAAACAAAUGAAUUCCCUUCUCCAUGUUUGGACUCGAAGACUAAUGUGGUUAUGAAGGGUCAAAAUGUAUCUAUGUUUUGCUCCCAUAAGAACAAAUCACUGCAGAUCACCUAUUCAUUGUUUCGACAUAAGACACACCUGGGAACCCAGAAUGGAAAAGGUGAACCUGCAAUUUUUAACCUAAGCAUCACAGAAGCCCAUGAAUCAGGCCCCUACAAAUGCAAAGCCCAAGUUUGCAGCUGCUCAAAAUACAGCCGUGACUUCAACUUCACAAUUGUCGACCCGGUGACUGCCCCAGUGCUGAACAUUACGGUCAUUCAAACAGAAACAGACCGACAUAUAACAUUACAUUGCCUCUCAGUCAAUGGCUCGCUGCCCAUCAAUUACACUUUCUUUGAAAAGCAUAUUGCCAUAUCACCAGCUAUUUCCAAGUACGACAGGGAGUCUGCUGAAUUUAAGUUAACCAGGAAGAAUCCUGGAGAAGAGGAAGAGUAUAGGUGUGAAGCUAAAAACAGAUUGCCCGACUAUGCAGCAUACAGUCAAACUGUCACCAUGCCCUCAACAGACGGAGGCAGCUGUCCUUUCUGUCUGAAGCUACUGCUUCCGGGGUUAUUACUGCUGCUGCUGGUGAUAAUCCUAAUUCUGGCUUUUUGGAUACUGCCCAAAUACAAAGCAAGAAAAGCCAUGAGAAAUAAUGUGCCCAGGGACUGUGGAGACACAGCUGUGGAAGUUGGAAUCUAUGCAAAUAUCCAUGAAAAACAAGCAAAGGAGGGAUCUGUCCCAGAAGUGGGAUCCAGACCAUGUGUUUCCACAGCCCAAGAUGAGGCCGAACAUUCCCAGGAGCUCCAGUAUGCCACCCCUGUGUUCUGGGAGGUGGCACCAAGACAGCAAGAUUUUCUUACAGUCUGGAGACCAGAAAGCUACUGUUGUGACUGUUGUGUUGUUGCCUCUGCCACAGCUGCCUCACACCCAGAAAUGAGCCCACCAUGGAGGAGAGCUUUGCCACUGCGGACACUUGCUUCUCAGCCACAACCUUUUGCUUUCCAAACCCCAGCCUGGGCACCUCAUUGGCGGAAGAGACUCACAUCCCUGAUCCCAGGAAUACGGGAUGGAGAAUCAUGACCUAAAGAAGUUGUCUUUUUCUCAGCGUUGCUUCUUCCCAAGGAUUUAAAGGGGAGACCUGACCAGAGGAAUGAUCAACAGUGGAUUUGUAAUGCCUGGAGCUCAUUUCCUUCUUUCUCCUUAACUGUCCUGGAAGGAAACGGACUAGUGCCUUAUCUCUGACUCUUCCACAGCACACACCCACCACCAGAGACAGUAACUGAGAUCUGCAGUAGCACAGAAACUUAGAGGUUAGAAAAAUUAGACACCUAAGGAUUUCAUGACUCCAGACCUGUUUCCUUAGCAUAAUACCACACCAGUAAGUGAAAUACAACUUAUGAAAUGUUGUAAAUACAUUCUAUAAAAUUUUUGGUAAAAAUUUAUCAUUAAAAAAUUAUUAAAAGCAAUUGGGUUAGAAGGAAGUUCUGUCAAAAUACAAUCCAGGUGUGCAGUUCUCUGCUAAAUUUAGAAGUGGUUACUACUGAGGCAGUCUCAAAAAAAGCAUAAGAGGACUUUAUGGGGUGAUGCAAAUUUUCUACAUUGCCUUUGUAGAGAUGGUUAUACAUUUAUCAAUACUCGUUAAUUUGUACAUUUAGGCCGGGCGCGGUGGCUCAAGCCUGUAAUCCCAGCACAUUGGGAGGCCGAGACGGGCGGAUCACGAGGUCAGGAGAUCGAGACCAUCCUGGCGAACACGGUGAAACCCCGUCUCUA